AUGGGAGACCCAUGGCCAGGAUAUAGGACGGUGAGAGCUGGUGACAAGACGCUGAACGCAACGGCUGGAGACUCUGCUGAGCAGCAUGUGGCCUUGUGGUAUGUGCACGGUGAACCUGUGAUGGGCCGCAUCUGGAACAAUGGUGGAAAGGUCGCUGCUGCGUUUGGCUGGAACGGCAAGGCCUUCACCGACAACACUGUUGCUAUGCCCGCUGGUCAAGUCCUCAUCGACCUUCCUGAGAAAGUCCGCGGCUACGACUACCUUUGGCGCCCGUGGAGUGAUGCUGCCGUCUAUGACAAGAACUCCCGAGUGUACUAUCCAGUACACGUGGACCACGUGAAAGGAAACAUCUCGCCAUGCCUGCUAACUCUACCAAAUGGCAAGGAGGCACUCGGCAAAGCGGACAUCCGUAACGAGCGUGCAUCGGCUGUCGUCGCUGGCAAGGACGAGCGCUUCGAGGGACCAGCUGUCCACAAAUUCUUGGUGCUGUGUCGCAAACCGAAGCCAGGACAGAAGUUCGACGAGUGA